AUGCGAUCAACCUCGCUGCAAGGCAUUGCUUGCACUGUCCUUACAUUCGCCUGCUCAGUGCACGCGCAGACAGCGUCGACCUCUGGAUAUGUGGGCUACAAUCUUACCCUCGAGGGCGAUCAGGACAGCGCAGUGUACUCGACGGACGACACAAGGCCAGACGCCGGCGCAACCGAGCCUGAUCCAGACAUCUUCCUCAACGCAACCGUACUUGUGCAGGAGAUAGAUCUCACUGUCGAUAACCUUACAGCUAAAGUGAAUUUGGAUCUCCAAGUUCUGAACCUUCUCACCUUUAAUGCUGGCGUUGACCUUUCCAUCGACGCUGUCAGGCUUUUGAUUCAGGGAGUCAAGGCUAAGGUCCUGCUGGAAGCUCGCUUAGAGAAUGUCGUAAAAAUGGUCUCUGAUGUCUUGGACUCGCUGGAUCUGAAUCCCAUUAUCGCCGAACUUGGCAAAGAUGUUGGCUCAAUCGUUAAUACAACCACUGGCGCGCUCGGCUCGACACUCGGCUCUCUUGACAAGCGCUCCUACGAUCUGGUUCACGGUGUGGUCUACUCCAUCAACAACUACGCUGGAGACACUCACACGAACCGAGUGCUGGCCCAGAACGGAGACUUGGUCGAUAUGUACCUUGACAACGAUGGCAACCCGCAUGGUCAGAAAGUAGUAGGUUCCUUCAGCAGCGACAUGACCUGGAACGGGUACGAGAAGACUGUCGAAAGGGACGGCGAGGAAGUCCAAGAACGUGAGUAUCUGUACUCGCCGUAUCAUGGCAUAAACGUUGUCAGUGCGGUUUACACAGAUGCUACUGGCAAGAUCGUUGGGACGCAAGUGCUUGCCGAGAGCUCAGCAGGUGGCAGCAGUACAAUUGGUGAUUUGUAG